AUGAGCAGAAGAUUUAUUGACUAGUAUCCCUUAUCACCACCAAUUAAUGAAAUCUCCAAUUUAUACAAAAAAAUCAGAAUACAAUAGCAAAUACAAUUCUUUUAUGAGAUAAUGAAAAAGGUCAAAUUCAAAAGGCCAGUACCACAACCUAAAAAAAAUAAACUGCCCAUAUCUGUUUCCUCAAAAACGAUUUAAUCGUAAGUGAGCGAUCUCUUUCUAUUCGUUCACCAAGAAUAUUAGAAUUACCCAAGAAAUAAAUGA